UAUUGCAUGAAUCAACAAGAAUCAUGGCGCGCAAGGCACACGAUCUCCCUGCAGUUCUUCCAAGUAACGCCCAAUCUCAACCUCCUCGCCGGUCUGGCGGUCCGACGAGCUUCCGGUUGCCGGAGCGAUGGUCGAUUUAUUUCUCUUUUCCAUUCCUGCGACGGUUAACAACCAGAGACUUAGUGGGGGGAAAGGAGUUGGCGACAGUUAACAAUGGCGAAUUCAAAAUCGCCUCCAUUUUCUCAGCAUCUCCGAUUGCGAAUUUAAAGCCAAAUACUCUUCCAUUCACGAAUCGGUAAGUUAAAACAAUCUCUUCCGAUUUCAAUUUCACUGAGCAGAAGCAAGGCUGUUAAGCAAUUAGCAUGAAUUUCCCCUUUCGCACCACACUGUUCUUGGUGCUCUCAUCUUCCUGUUUUAGCUCAGUUCUUAGUAGAGGAAUAUUGGAAGCAGACAUUUCGGGAAGCUUAUUGCGUUACAGAGCUAAGAGUUCUCGUGUUUUCAGUGUUAGAAGCUUUGGUGCUCGAGCAAAUGGCUUAACUGAUGAUAGCAAUGCCUUCUCACAAACAUGGAGGAUGGCCUGUGGUUCAGCUGGAGUGGUAACUUUCCUGAUUCCAAAAGGAACCUAUUUGGUUGGUCCAGUUAAAUUUUCAGGCCCUUGCAAAAAUGUAUCAUCUCUAACGGUUAAAAUGAAGGGAUAUUUGAAAGCAUCAACAGACCUGUCAAAGUAUGGUUCUGGCGCAGGCUGGAUUGAGUUCAGAUGGGUGGAGGGGCUAACGUUGACGGGAGGUGGAACCUUCGAUGGCCGAGGCGCUGAGGCGUGGCCAUUCAACAACUGCCUUGAUGACCACAAUUGCAAUCUCCUUCCUACUAACUUGAAAUUCGUGGCUAUGAAUAACACGGUUGUACGACGCAUAACUUCGCUAAACAGCAAGUUCUUUCACUUGGCUUUAGUACAGUGCAAGGGGUUCAGAGGUAGCAAUCUCAAGAUUUCAGCUCCAGCAAAUAGUCCCAACACGGAUGGUAUCCACAUCGACCGAAGCUCUAACAUCCAUCUUUCUCGAUCACAUAUUCAAACUGGAGACGACUGCAUAUCCAUUGGACAAGGGAACUCUCAAGUCACAAUCACCGGCAUUGAUUGUGGACCGGGUCAUGGGAUCAGUGUUGGAAGCUUGGGAAGAUAUCAAAAUGAAGGAGAUGUAAGCGGAUUAGUAGUUAAAAAUUGUAGCCUCACAGGUACCACCAAUGGGAUCAGAAUCAAGACAUGGCCAAAUUCUCCUGGCAGCAGCUCAGCCACAAACAUGACAUUUAAGAACUUCGCCAUGAACAAUGUGUCCAAUCCAAUUAUAAUUGAUCAAUCAUACUGUCCAUUCAGAUCUUGUUCUUUUAAGGCACCAUCUCUAGUGAAGCUGAGUGAUAUUUACUUCAAGAACAUAAAAGGAACCUCUUCCUCUAAGGUGGCUGUGGCAUUAGAAUGCAGCAAGGGAUUCCCAUGUCAGAAUGUGAACCUUGAAAAUGUUCACUUGCUUCUUUCAUCAGGUCAAAAUCACCCUUCUUCUACUUGCAAAUAUGUUAGAGCCAAGUAUAUUGGCACCCAAAUCCCUCCCCCUUGUGCUUAGCCUUACAACAAAUCAUAUGAUUUUACCUUAUUUAUGUUGCAAGCCAUGUUCUUACGUUUUUAAACAUUGUCUUAUGCACUUGUAGCUUGUGAAAUCUUGAAACCAAUAUCUUUGAUGCAA